AUGGAAAAUUGUACACAAACACAAAUAGAUUCUUGUCUUAAAGACUUUGAUGGUGGUGCAUUUGGACAACCACAACUACAGAGAUUCGGAACACCUCAAAACACAUUUGAAUCUUCUAAUACCAAUCAACCAUCCACGUUUGGAACACCUACUUUUGGACAAAAUACAAUUAGAUUUCCAGAAACUCAACAAGGGUUUGGGACAUCUAUAGGUGGGAUCAGUUUUGAUCAAAAUAUAGCUAGUUUUGGUGUAUCAACACAACAAACAAUUGAAGGAUUCAGACAAACUGCAUAG